AUGCUCUGGCUACAGAUAGCCAGCCAAAUCGGCGUCGUCGUCUUCACGUUUCUCGUGCAGAUGCAGAUGCCCAACAAUGUAUAUCUGCCUCAAAUAGUUGGACAAUUCAUCGAUGCGGCGGUUCCUAACCUUGUUUUCAUUGCUGAGGAGGUUGCGCUUUCAUUCCGGUCCUCUCGUCCCUCACUCCCGGUCCCUCCGACUCGGACCUCAAUACCACCAUCGCCAACCACGGAUUCCUGCAAGAAUCUCAUUCUCUGGACCCCUACGGCCCUCGCUGUCGCGUCGCAACCCCCGGCGCUUGUGAGUCCAUCGGCGGCGCCGUCGUCGGUGCCUACUACCUCAACGUCGACAAUCGAAUACGCGUUUUCGGACACGAUGGACUGGUCGGAGGAUGCGAGCGACUCGGCCCAUCACUUCUGCCCGGCGUAUCUCGCAUCUAUCGCCCCCGGCUGUCACCUUCGGCCCCGUCACCUCGUAGCUGUCGUCAUCGCGUUCACGAUGGUGUGGGGAGUGUGUGCACUGGUCAAAUUCUCUAGAAAUCGACGCCGCGAGAGAGUGGUCUCUUCCCAGAACGGUCUGCAGAGUCAUACCCAGAGCAACAUCGCUGCUAAACUGCCGGAGAUAUUGCAUAGCGGCGCACCUACGCAGUCCAGGAUGAGCUCUCUGGACUGCGAGGGUGCAUCGUUGGCUGUCUCUUGCGCCUCUGCAGACUGGGAGUUAUUCACCACCACCUUCUCAUCCUCACCCUCAAAGCAUACCAGUUGCCACAUUUGCGACACAAUUGAAGCUCAGGGAUUCGGUUACUGGCUGGGGCAUACGGUCCUGGUGUGUCUCGCGACACUGUUCAUCAACAUCCUGGCCCGCCGUUUCGCACCUGACGACGCAGCUGCAUAUACCCUGGCGGUGCCGGUGAUGCUUUGGAAGGACAAUCCAGUUUCUCACGUCUGCAGUCGCUUUGAGGGAGAGGAUAUAGCGGAUCUCAAUAGUUCCCAGCAGUCAAUUAUCGAUGAGACCCCAGCACGGUCCCCGGAAUCUUCUACCGAUGGCGCGUCACUGCAAUCAGGCCCAUCAUCGUGUAGUACAUCGCAUGAAACUACCCCGCUUGGCUCCUCCGCGGCAGUCCUUGUGUCUCAGGACACACCUGAUGUGCUCGACAGCUCUCGACACCACAUCGAUGCUGAUCUCCUCUCUGUGCCCAGCUCAGCCGGCCCCUCGUCGCCCUGCAGCGCGUCGCCCAAGUCUUCGAAGCCCUCGCCUCUGAUCGUACCUAUGCCCGAGACAGACACAUCAACGCGUACCAUGAUCGCGUGCGAAAGGUACACGAAGAUGUGUGCCAAGACAGUCGACAUGAUGGGGGAGCAUCAGAACACGCGUCCGGAUCAACUACGAGAGGCCCUGGUGCACGAGCGCAAGGCACUUGAGGCGUUUGUCGAGCAGGAGGUCAAGCGCGCGAAGGAGCUUCAGGCCACAUGCCAGCGCCAUUGCGCGCAACUCGCGGAAGCUUAUGCGGAGACCAAGGCACGACAGGAUGCGCUGUCUGGGCAGCUGGAAACAUUGAGGUCGACGCGCGUGCGGCUGGAUCUGGAACGCGACAGGGCGAAGAAGGAGCAAGAGCAGCGCGCGAAGAAGCGGGCGCAGGCAGAGAAGGAGCGUGCGCUCAUCGAAGCUAAGCGCAUGACGGCGGGAGAGAAACGCGUCGAGGUCGGGCAGAGGCGUGUACAGGCCGUCACAGCCCCGAUGGAGCUGGAGAAACAGCGCAAGACGCUGGAGAAGGAGUCUGCACUGCGGAAGGCCGAGGGUCAGUGGGGGCAGGAGGUGCAAGCGAAGCAUCUGCGGGAUCAAGAGGCGCAGACGGACGAAGAGCGCGUAUGCAAACAUGUCGCACAGACGGAUCACGCGGAACGACGAGACGCACAGAUGAAUCGCGGAGAUCUACGCGAGCAAGGAAUGGAGACCGACGGUACGGAAGGUGUGCGCGAACAGGAGGUGCAGGCUGAUCCUGCAGAUCAUCUGUGCGACAAUGGAAUGCAGACCAAGCAGGAGAAGCUGCUAAGCGAGGAACACGGACGUAUACUCCAUGACGUCCGCGGAGAGGAACAUCCGGACAUCGAGCGGACUGAUCAGGAGUCUGGUAAAAGGGGAACUCAGGCGGACGCAGACGACUGUCAUUCACAGAAUACGCAGGACUCACAAGGCGAGGAGCCAAUUGAGCAAGCCGGGCAGGUCGAGUGUGUCGAGCACGUCCAAUGCACCGAUCAGGUCGAAUCUAUCGCGCAGGUCGAAUUGGUCGAGCAGGUCAUGCGAUCUGUGCAAGCUAAUCACAAUGAGAGCUCCAGCUGUGGGCUUGACGGUCUCCCUCCCACUCUGCUCGCGUCGCUUUGGAAAGACAAGAAGCCAGUUGCGCAAGCCGGGCAGGUCGAAUUUUUCGAGCAGGUCAUGCGAUCUUUGCACCACGAACAAGCUUAUAAUGAGAGCUCCAACUGCGGGCCUGACGGUAUCCCUCCCAAUCUGCUUGCGUCGCUUUGGCACGACAAGAAGCCAGUUGCGCAAGCCGGGCAGGUCCAAGAUGCCGGGCAGGUCCAAUGCAUCGAGCAGGUCCAAUGCGUCAAGCAGGUCCAAUACGUCAAACAGGUCCAAUGCGUCGAGCAGGUCGAAUCUGUUGCGCAGGUCGAAUUUGUCGAGCAGGUCAUGCGAUCUGUGCAAGCUAAUCACAAUGAGAGCUCCAGCUGUGGGCUUGACGGUAUCCCUCCCAAUCUGCUUGCGUCGCUUUGGCACGACAAGAAGCCAGUUGCGCAAGCCGGGCAGGUCCAAGAUGCCGGGCAGGUCCAAUGCAUCGAGCAGGUCCAAUGCAUCGAGCAGGUCCAAUGCAUCGAGCAGGUCCAAUGCGUCGAGCAGGUUGAACAAACCGAGCAGGUUAAACGCGUUGAGCAGGGCGAACACGUCGAGCAGGGCGAAUACGUUGAGCAGGUCGAAUGCGUCGAGCACCCUAUGGCCACAAUCCCCCAUCAACCCUUCAGUUCAACAGGAGUUCCCCUCGUCCUGCAACAGAUCGUACCAUCUGUACAGCACGAACAAGCUCAACAUAAUGGGAGCUUCAACUUUGGGUUCACCUUCGACUGUCCCCCUCCGCGCCAGCCCACUCCGCCUGUGUCACAUUGGCUGGAAGCGUGUGUUCAGGCUUCCCGAUCGCAGGCUGUGGCUCAGCCCUCUGCUCCAGCGCCUGCCUCUGAUUGUGCGUCUGCCUCGGAUGAUGAGCCUGUUUUGGAUGAUGAGCCUGUUUUGGAUGAUGUGCCUGCCUCGGAUCAUGCCCCUGCCUCGGUCAAUGCGCCCCCUGCGGAAGACCAGCCGUCGUCCCCGAACCCACCUACAGUCCCUGCAACAGAGCCCGUCCGUCCCAGCCCAUCUGCUGACCCCAACGCCGCACUGAAGGCGUUCUGGGCGCGCUUGCCUCCACCGCAAGCGCAGGACGUACCAAGUAUGCAGGUGGACGACGUGCAGCCGCAAGCUGGUCAUGUAGACAUGAAUGCGAUGCAGCAGCCCUCAGGAACGUACCAGUUCGGCUUCAACAACCCGCGCUAUGAGGUCGUCGUCCACCAAAGAUGCAGAGACGAACCCCAUUGCGCUGUGGCCAACGUAUGGGCCGUUGCAAUCCUGGAGCGCUCCGACUACGCUAGCCCAACAUGGCCCCAUGCUCUCGGCAUCCGCGUCAACCAUGAGCAUACCUUCGUCUCGUUCUGA